AUGUCCGGCGCAAACGCAUGGCUUGCGAGGCAGCGCAAGAGCGAUCUUGUCGAGCUCGCUGAGCUUACCGGUCUUACUGGGUAUGAGAGCCAGAAGAAGGCAGACCUGGAGGUCACCCUCGAUGAAUUCCUUGCGGAAAACGCGACCAAGUUCUCUACCGAGCCGAAACUUGUGCCCUACUACAACAGUCGCGCCAAGGCAGCUGGAUCUCCCGUCAAGAGAGAGGCGCCUCUGACAGACCUUGUCAAGUCAACGCGACGCAGGACCAUGAGAGCCAUUGAGGAUAUUCGCCCUGAAGCUGAGGAGUCACCGUCAUCAGCCAGUCCAGAGCCCGCUGCCACCUCGACCGCCCUGGCGGCGCGCACACCUGCGCGCAAUCUUUCUUUGGCGAGCCGCAUUCCCCUGCCCGCGACGCCGGCCGACGUUGCUGAGGCCGUUGACCGCCAUACCGUCGCGCUGCGCGAGCGCGCUACUGAGCUCUAUGACCAGUCCGGCAUCCAAGAGGGUACCCACGCUGUGCGCUCUUCACUGUCCACAGUUACUUCUAUUCUCUUCACCGUCGCCGCCUUUGAGGCUUGGAACCUGCGUGCCGAGGUUCUGCCCCUCCGCUACGCUUUCACCAUUCCUGCAAUCCCUGCACUUGGUACAAACUUCUACCCGGUCUACGUUCCCGACGCGUUCCUCUUCGUCACCUCGUCCUUCUGGUCGCCCGUUACUCUUUGGACGCUGACGUCCGUCCUUAUCCCCUCCUUGUUCGGUUACUUUUACAAUCUGAGCGCAGCAAGCCACCCUCAGGGGCGUGGCCGUUCCAGAGGCGCGACGGUCGAGUACAAUGUCGACCCCCUCGUGUUUAGCAUCGUGAAGGCCCUUAUUUCCUUCGUCGUCUACGGCCAGAAGGCUACCUUUGGCGGUUGGAUCAACCCCAACUCGAUUGACCGUAUCAACAGCGCGCUUUACGGCGAGUGGAAAGGCAUCCUGACGGGUGCUGCGAUCACCGGUCUCGUGAGCCUUUACGAUGCCGUUUUGAAGAAGUAG